AUGGCGCCGUCGGACCUGCGUGAUCCACGGCACCUGCUCGCCGCACGUGAUCGUGAUGACGACGAGGACCCAGCUAAUGGUGGUUCUACGACGGGUGCGGUCCUUGCCAGCGAAGUCGUCGGCGCGUCCAAGCUGGCUUCGUACGACCAAGGUGUGGUGCGCAAGUCGAAACGGGAGCGCGAGGCCGAGGCACAACAACUCAAGGCCAAGGAACAGGAGCAGCUCGCUGCCAAGGCCUACAACGAUUUCAUGAAGGACUUUGGCGGGGACGACGAUGACGACGACUCAGCACGUCACCCGUCGUCGUCGUCGUCGCGCUCGGGGCCACGCGGGGCGACGAGGGGCAAGUACUCGGCCGGCAAAGGGUUCGUCAGCGCUGGAGGAGGCCAGCGGUACAACCCUCUUCAAGAUCGACCACCACCCCCAGCUCCAGCGCCGACGGCCUCGACGUCGUCUCUACCGAGCGUGGCAGGGGCGCCAACGGCACCGAGGGCGAUGAGGCCCCCAGAGCCCGUACAGGCAAGGUCAUCAGCAGUUUCCGAGGAAGAGGUGGGCCAAUUCUGCUCUCGUGACGUCGAUCGACCUAUUCUUAUUUGAACUCAUCUCCCCAGACUCGACCAAGCGCGAGCACAAGCAAAUCCGGAGUCGUCCUAGGCAAGAAGCGCCGAGAUGGCGACAGCUUCCUCGAACAACUCAAGAGGUCGAUCCACUCCCCCCGCUUCCUUGCGUCCUCUGCAGGCGCCUUGUCGUGUCGAUGUGAACUGAACAUGACGUGUCUUUUCCUUACCCUGUGUUCCGAACGUGUGACAACUCCAUACCCUUGUCGCAUGUCUGGGUCCCGCAUCGACGCUUGCAAAUACUGUCGUCCAUCAGGGAACAAGCCGAACGCGAGGAGCGACUCAAGCAAAAGGCAGACCGGUGUAAGCCAUGUGCGAACACCUCGAGUGGCGUUUUUCUGUCAUCUGACACUUUUCUCCACCUGCAGUGGGAUCGUCGGUCACUGCACUCGCGGGUAUGCCCGAACUCUCGCCGGCUCGUCAGUACUCGCAAGUGCUCACACGUUAUCGUUUACAUGUCUAUCCCGCAGCUCGCGAGAAUGCACCAGUCCUGACCGGAUCUUACGAUACUGGCGAUCCUUUGACAACCAACAUCCACGUGUCCCCGCUGCCUCAAAACGUCACCGAGGACACGCUCGGCAUGUUCUUUGCUCGUUAUGGACCGAUCGGUAGCGUCAAGGUGCGUGACUCAUGCUUUGGUGCAGAGUUGUGAUCGAUACUCACCCACCGAUUUAUCUUCGGCAGAUCAUGUGGCCGCGGCUUGAACCAGGGGCAACACUGGUGGGUCGACGACAAUUGUCAGGCUUCGUCGCCUUCAUGCGCCGACCGGAUGCGGAAAAGGCGGCGAAAGAACUGGACGGCGUAGAGUGGGGCGGGACAGUCCUCAAGCUCAGUUGGGGCAAGCCAGUACCGGUACCGACACGCGCUGUUAUAGGUAUGUGCUCAUUCGAUGAGCUCAAUCAUGCGUCUAGUCUUCAACCCACUGAUACGCCAUUCCGUCCACCCCUGAACAGACAUAGAAGGAUCUAGCACGCGAAGCGAUCGGCAAAGAGAGCGCCUGCAUCGUCCAUCCCGGCGUCGAUCCUCAUCUCGAUCACGCUCACGAUCCCGUUCCCGUUCACGAUCGCCGAAAAGACGACAUCGAUCUUACUCACCGGACGACGAGCGCGCCCACGCGCGCAGGGAAUGGCCCACACUCGAGGCUGGCAUCGAGGAGAAGUUCUUGACGACGAUUGCCAAAAGGAUACUGGAGCAUGGGAGUGCGUUCGAGCAUGCACUCAGGGAAAAGGAGAGGCACAAUGCCAAGUUUGACUUUUUCCGCGAAGACAAGGUGGGUGUGACUAGAUGAGAUUCUGGCCGCUCACUUAUCUCUGACGACUGCACCCCUCAACCCCGAGUAUAGCUCCCUUCCUACCACUACUUCAAGAUGCUUCUGGAUCGCCACUAUCGAGCUCCGAUGCCGGCAAAGUUCGAUGACGCCGGUCCCGCCGAGGUCUACUCUUCCGACACCGAGGAGGAUUCCGAAAACGAACGCAUACUCAAAGGACGACUAGGCACAUUGGCUCGAAAACGUUUCGAAGCGCUCUUGCGAACUCUGACCUCAACUAGGGGGAACAUCGCUCGUGGCAUGGCUUUCGCACUUGAACAUGCCGACGCAGCAUCCUUCAUCGUCGAUUUACUCAUCGCUUCACUCACGCUCGAAGCAACACCCGUACCUCGCAAGAUCGCGCGACUCCAUCUCGUCAGCGAUAUCCUGCACAACUCGUCCGCGCCCCUCCCCAACGCUUGGAUGUAUCGCUCGACGUUCGAGGAACGCUUACCCGUCGUGUUUGAUCAUCUCGGUGAGAUCUACAAAUCCUUCCCGGGGCGUAUGAAGGCCGAGCAGUUCAGAUUACAGAUCAGCAGUAUUGUCGACGUAUGGGAACGGGAUUGGAUGCUCUUUGAAACGCGGGUAUUCGACGAUUUCCGUCGGCGUCUGGCUGGGGUGUCCGAACAACCCAUCGAGGAAACCAGUAUCGAGCCCGAAGUAGUCCCCAGCACGGAGCCCGAAGCACUCAUCACCGCCAGCGCUCAUUGGGCUCCCGUCUCCAGCGCUUUCAAACCUGCCACAGUGGUCACCACCGGACCCAUCGCACCUCCAACACCAAGACCUCCUUCCCCGAUUCCAGGACUGGCAGCUCCCCCGGCGAAGAAACCUCAGAUCAAGUUUGGCGGGUUCAAGACGGCUUUCACACCUACGACGGGGCUGCCUCAAAUUCCUGUGGAGGACACUGAAGCGGUCGAAAUAGAGAUGGAAGCGCGUCCAGCCGGGACUUCAAAGGACCCUUCUUCAGCUGCUGAGCCGAAUGAUGACGACGGUGAAGCGAUGGAGAUCGAGGAUGACGACGAAGACGACGAGGACGUCGACGGUGUUCCGUGGGAAGGUCAGGAUUCAGAAGGAGAUGACGUCGAUGGCAUACCCCUCGAAGGUGCGGACGUGGAUGGAUCACCUCUUGAGUUGGAAGAUGUGGAUGGGAACCCGAUUGAUGCGGAUGAUAUGUUCGAAGGGCCGCCAGCAUGA